AAUUCGUUUCCAGGCAACACAAUCUUCCUUCAUGAUCUGUUGAUUUACUGCUGAAAAUUCUACCAGUUUUGUAGCUAAAAUCAAGAAACAGGCAGUAUGCCACCAAAAAAGAAAAGUGGAAAAAAGAAGGGCAAAAAGAAGUCUGCUAAAUCCAAGACUCCUACAAUAGUGGAUGGAAUCAGCACAGAGGAAAUGAGCAAAGAGCAACUUGAGGAGCACAUUGUAAGAUUACGAGAGGAAUUAGACAGAGAGCGUGAAGAACGGAACUAUUUCCAACUUGAGCGAGAUAAGGUGAACACUUUUUGGGAAAUCACAAAAAGACAGCAUGAAGAAAAGAAAGCAGAGCUUCGUAACAAAGACCGAGAAAUGGAAGAGGCAGAGGAGAGGCAUCAGGUGGAAAUCAAAGUAUACAAGCAAAAAGUGAAGCAUUUGUUAUAUGAACACCAGAACAACAUUGCUGAGCUUAAGGCUGAAAGUGCUGUAGCUUUGAAGCUUGCUCAAGAUGAACACAAAAAUAAUGAACAAGAUCUGCGAAAGAACAAGAGAUCGCUCAAGGUGGAACUCAAAGAACAGGAACUUUCUCAUGAGGAUGUUGUUAAGAAUCUAAAGAAGGGCCAUGAUGAGCAUGUGACUAGACUCAGACAAGACUUUGAAAGACAAGUUAAAGAAAUUGAGUCCAAAUAUGAUAAGAAAAUGAAGGCACUCAGAGAAGAACUGGAGCUGAGAAGAAAAACUGAAAUACAUGAAAUUGAAGAGCGUAAGAAUGGCCAAAUUAAUACCCUAAUGAAGAAUCACGAGAAGGCAUUCAGUGACAUCAAGAAUUACUACAAUGACAUCACACUUAACAACCUGGCUCUCAUUAACUCUCUCAAGGAACAAGUAGAGGAGAUGAAAAAGAAAGAGGAAAGAAUGGAAAAACAGAUGAAUGAAAUCAUGGCUGAGAACAAGAGAUUAACAGAACCAUUACAGAAAGCAAGAGAGGAAGUGGAAGAACUUAGAAAACAGUUGGCAAACUACGAGAAAGACAAAGCAUCUUUAGCUAGUGCCAAAGCAAGACUCAAAGUCCAGGAAGAAGAACUCAGAAGUCUGCACUGGGAGCAUGAAGUUCUUCAACAGCGCUUUAGCCAGACUCAAAGUGAACGUGACGAGUUAUAUGGCAAGUUUGUGAAAGCAAUCCAUGAAGUCCAACAAAAAAGCAACUUUAAGAACUUACUGUUGGAAAAGAAACUGGCAGCCCUUGCUGACACAUUGGAGAAGAAGGAAGCACAAUUGAAUGAAGUUCUCUCAGCCUCUAAUCUGGACCCUACGGCUCUUACUGUUGUCACCAGAAAACUCGAGGAUGUGUUAGACUCAAAGAACAGCGCUAUCAAAGACUUACAGUAUGAACUGGCUCGUGUCUGCAAGGCGCACAACGAUCUCAUCCGAACAUACGAGGCGAAGCUACAGUCAUUUGGCGUUCCAACAGAAGAACUCGGUUUCAAGCCCCUGGAGAGCAACAUUGGAGGACAACAACUCGGCCGAGGCCCCGCCGGCCUAGUAGCUGCUCCGACUUAAACUACGAAAACGCUAUUCCUCGACUGCGAACAUUUUUAUUUUCAAGGGACAAUUUUGCUUCAAAUCUGACAGAAUCAUACAUAAUAUGUAAAUAGACUCUUUAACUGUAAAAGUAAGUUUUUAUUGUGUGUCGUAGAUUAUCGUAAAAAAUUGUGUUUUACUGUAAAAAAAAAAUGUUUUACUGCUUCACCGUGUUGAUUUUUCACAAAUAUACGUUCAGAAACCUCCUCGCCCGGUAUGCUUUCAUGUUUUUUCCCCCUAAAUUUAUCCCUUUCUGUAAAUACUGUCGAAGCAAUAUACUUCUCAGUUUCGUUCUCAUUUACAAUAUUGUUUCCUUGCCGACCAGCUAUUUGUUAUGUAAAUAUGUUUAUCUAUUUUCCAAGAACGAACAUCCAACUGACAAAGAUUCGUACUUCAAGGUUGGAACCUUUACAUUCCGCGACGAAAAUGAGAUUUCUGCUUAACAAACAGCUUUUCGGUAAAAAAAAAAAAAAAGUCGUAAUAAAUUUUCAUUAGCUUUAGCAUGGGAGAGGAAAGUUUGUUUGACAACAGACGCCAGAACGUCUGACUUUUAAGUUGUGCAGGAAAAAAAGUCAUGUUUUAACACCGGAUUAUCGACUUAAAGGUCUAGAUAUAUUCUCUUCCUGAAGACUUCUGGCAUUGCUUCGGACUUCAUUCGAAUCAUUUCACUUUCAUUCCAUAUUUAAGCGAAAUUAUCAUGGCGUGAACUUUUGUUUACACUCCAAAACAAACCAGUUGUAGAGACCCUUUUUGUGGGUAAAUAAACGACUUAUUGUUUCUGAUU